UACUGGUUGCCUGGCAACUGCCGAGACGCUUUUUACCCUUCCGGAAGUGCGUGGCUCUGAGGAAACAUGGCGCACGCAGCAGUGCAUAUACCAGUGGCAUUCAUUGCUUCAAUCCAUUCUUUCACCUCUUUCUGGUUGACUGUGUUCGUCGCUUUUGCAGCGUUUGAAGCAGCAAACACCGACAACGCGUUCAGCGCACGCCACACGGCCACUGUAUCCGUCGCUGCCGCUCGGGAUCUGCGGUAUCUUUUGUAUGACGUGAAUCCCCCAGAGGGUUUUAAUCUGCGGAGAGAUGUCUACAUCCGCAUGGCCUCCCUGGUGAAGACUUUGAGGAAGGACGGGGAUGACUGGGUAUUGGUGCUUCCCCCAUGGGGUCGCCUCUACCACUGGCAGAGCCCCAACAUCCACCAGAUCCGCAUCCCAUGGGGAGAGUUCUUCAGCCUCACUAGCCUGCAGGCCAACGUGCCUGUCAUUGAGUAUGAGGAAUUCAUUGCUGAGAAUGGAGGCCCAUUCAUAGACCAGGUCCUGGUACUGCAAAACUAUGCUGAAGGAUGGACUGAUGGGAAAUGGGAGGAAAAAGUUGAUGAGCGGCCGUGCAUUGAGAAGUUGAUGUACUCCAAAGAUAAACAAGGCUACUACAGGGGCUGGUUUUGGGGCUACGACGAGACGAGAGCUCGAAAUGUCACAUGUAUAUCGGCCCAAGGCCAUGCCUCCAUCAUGGCCCCAGUUCUUCAGAAAAACAUCACAGUGACAUCAAUUAUGCUUGACCGAGCAGAAACACUCCUCCAUGAUCACUAUGCUGGCAAGGAUUACUGGGAUACCCGCCGCAGUAUGGUUUUCGCCAAGCACCUACGACUUAUAGGAGAUGACUUCAGAGCAAAGUAUCUGAAUUCUACAGAUAACAGAGACCAUACCGUUUACAAUGAGGACUGGACUCGCAUGAAAGCCAAGCUGGGUUCAGCUAAAGGUGGUCCAUAUUUGGGGGUCCACUUACGUAGGAAGGACUUUAUCUGGGGUCACAGAGAGGAUGUACCCAGCCUUAAAGGAGCAGUCAAAAAAAUGCGCAGCUUGAUGAAGAAGCACAAACUCGAAAAGGUGUUUGUGGCGACAGAUGCAGAUGGUGAAGAAUUGAAGGAGCUGAAAAAGUUGUUGCCAGAAAUGGUGCGGUUUGAACCGCCGACGGAUGACCUGGAGCUCCUUAAAGAUGGAGGGGUGGCCAUCAUUGACCAGUGGAUAUGUGCCCACGCAAGAUUUUUCAUAGGAACAUCAGUCUCCACCUUCUCUUUCCGGAUUCACGAGGAGAGGGAGAUCCUGGGUUUCGAGCCCAAAACUACAUAUAAUCGUUUCUGUGGGGACACUGAGAAAGAAUAUGAACAGCCCACACACUGGAAAAUUGUUUAUUGAUGUGACCUCUGACUUUUCUGACACACACAAGUGCCAAAAGUGACAUUUAUUUGUAUGGAUUAUAUAGAUAUUUUAACUGUUUUCUGGUGUUUUUGUUUUGACUUUUUACGGUUUCAGAGUUGUGCAAUCAGGUCUAUUGUGACCACUGUGACUGAACCUUAUGCUUAAAAGGCCAAACCUGUGCUGCCGAACGUGUAUUACUGUACAAAUAUUUUGUAAGUUGUAUGUUGAAUGUGGAUCCUUCAUAUCAACUGAUAUUUUCUGGUAUUUAUUACACCAGCACUACUGGUGAAAAAAAAAGUGUCUUAUAAUGACUGCAACAGACAGUGUUGAAAUAUUCUUUCUUUUCUUUCUUUUUUUUUUUUCAAAAAAGACACCACAUGUGAAGAAAUAUUCAGAUCUCAUGAACAUAAUAUGAAGUUAAGACAAGGUUACCCUAUGGAGUUUUCUUGUAAACAAGUAAAGGUGUAUUUACAUUCAAGGUUUCAUUGUGUGUAACCACUAGUCCGUUGAACUUGUUGAACACAUUUCCCUUUUCAAAAAAACAUCACCAAAAGUUACGUUUAAAGUACUUUAAAAAACUUUAGUUAAUGUUUAUUAGCAGUCUUUUUCUUCACUGCCUUUUGUUACCACGUGUUUCUAAAUGUGUUACUGCCUCAAAGUGUUAAUCAGUGAAUUAGAAUAAACUAGUGAGGGGAAAGUUAAUUUAUUUUUUCAAAAUAAGAAGGGAAUCCACUCACAAAAAAACUCCUCUGUAGCUUUACUAUUGGUCAAAAGCUCCACAGGGUAUAUUUAAAAUAGAUUCUCAGCUCAUGAUUUGUUUUAAAAAAACGUGUAGUUCUCUUCUGCUAUGACUUCCACUAUGUUUCAGUAUUUGUGUGUAAUGACUCUCCUUCCCUAUUUCGUAUUUUUAUGCAGUAUUAAAAUUUGUUACAGUUACGCUA